AUGACCAAAAAACUACCUUCAGAGUUGAAACAGACGAGAAAGUCUAUCCAGACAGCUUGUGAAUUCUGUCAUACCAAACAUAUACAGUGUGACGUAGGGAGGCCAUGUCAAAACUGUUUAAAAAGAAAUAUUGGGAAGUUUUGCAGAGAUAAGAAAAGGAAAUCAAGAAAACGAAUUGAGAAGCAUGGAACACAACCAUACUUGAAUUUGGGGAAGAGGCUGGUAAUACAUGAUGUGCCGUCGAAGACGGUAUCCCCCUCAAGCGUACAUCUGCAGCGAGAUUUUCUAUCUUCAGAUCAGGAAAAACCAGGCAAAACACCUGCCCACAAUACGAAUAUCCAAUAUACGUAUAAUAUAAAUGAUAACUUUCAAAGCGCUGGAUCUAUUCCACGUAUUACGAACUUCAAUACGAAUAACCGCCAGACCGUCUUAGAAAAUACUUCUAAUAAUAUAUCAGCUUCACAAGCAGUACAUUUAAUGAAUGACCCCAUCAUACCCACCGUACGGAAGAGUACUCUCAAUUUAAAGUCGCAUUUCCUAGAGCAACAUAAAGCAAUGCAGCAGCCGCUGGCUACCAAUUGUUUGGUUGCUACUUCAAACGUUCCUGUGCACUCUGGAAUGGACGAUAGUAAUAAGAGUGACGAUGAUGUCGAUGACGAAACUAAUAUUCACUUUGAUAGUAUGUGGUGCAAUGACGAAUACAUGAAAUUAAAGGAUAUAGUAGAUAUUUCAACGCCGUUUUUACCGAAUAACUCCCAGAUAUUUUCCCUCCAAGAAUCAGAAUAUCCCAAUCCUAGCGCAUCUACACGGGGAAAUUCGUCAUUGCAUUUAACGAACCUUUUAAACUCGACAAAAAGCGUGAAUGACCAAAAGGACUCCUCGAUCGGCCAUUCCACUUCUACUUUCAAUACAUAUGAUGAAGUAGUGUCUAGGCCCUUUAUAUCUUUAGACAUGCUGCAUUUGAAUCGUGGAGCAAACGCUAAUACACACCCAUCACAUAACGCCAAACUGGAAAGCGAAUGUGACAGUUCUAGUCACUCCGAUGCAGAUCUGGAGAAACAUGAUACCGAUUUCAUAUCACCUUCAAAGUUUCGUGAAUUAGUAAAGACUCCUCAAGACCUAUAUGACAAUAAAUGUUUAAUAAAACCGCAUAAUUACAAGCUCGCAUACACCAAACUGCUAACUACUUUAAGAAAAAAAUUUCUUGAAGGAGCUGAAAUUGAUAAAUCUGCCUCAGUAAAAGACGAACACAGUACCCAAAAGCAUAAUUUGAGAUAUGAUUUAGAAGUUAUAAUACGCUCUAUACUAGAAAGAUAUGCUCCAAUUUUCAUUUCGUUAACAUCCAAUAUGAUUGAAGAGGAUUUGCUAUUACAGGAAGUUACCUUGCAAAGGGCUUUAUUAGAUUUGGAGAACAUGGCAAAAUUAGUAAGCUGCACACCGAUGUGCAUCUGGAGAAGAUCAGGCGAGAUUUGUUUUGUCAGUAACGAAUUCUAUUCUUUAACAGGUUUUAACAAAAAUUUACUAUUAGACCGCACCUCCUUUAUUUUUGAAUAUCUGGAUCAUAAAAGCGUUUCGAAUUACUUUCAAAUAUUUAACGAAUUGCUGGCAUUUGGUUACAAUGAUAUCAAUAAAAGGAAAAAACUAUUGAUGUUGAACGCAUGUUCUUCUACCUCGUCAAAAAUUACAGAAGGGUUUUCUUUUACUACGGAUGGAAAAGCAAUCUUUACUAAGUGCAAUUUAUUAUUAAGUAACGGUCUUUAUUUGAAGUGUGCCUGUUGUUGGACAGUAAAAAGGGACUCGUUUAAUAUCCCAAUUCUCGUAAUGGGACAAUUUUUACCAAUUUUUGAAAUGGACUGA